AUGAAAUGCACCGUCUUUCUCGUCGCUGCCAUUGGUGUACUCGGUGUCGUCACAGCUGCCGACCAAGCUGCUGUGAAAACACCUGCCGAAGCACUCGAGCAGAUCCGGUCGACGGCUUUGCCCGGUGGUGUCGCACUGACCGGAACAACAGAGAAGAUCGACCCACCUGCUACAGCUGCUGCGGUUGCUCCGAAGGGAACCGACGUCAAGGAAGACAAACAGCACAACGACAAGGAGGACUCGGCGGACUCGGAGAACGACGAUGACGACACAAAGAAGGAGCUAUUCGGCUUCGGUCUCGGCGGUCUCGGCGGUCUCGGCGGAUGGGGCAAUUGGGGAGGCUGGGGAGGCUGGGGCGGCUAUGGGCCCUACCGCUUCGGCUUCACCUACGGCGGCAUCGGCGGCUGGGCGUACCCGUUGAACUACUGGAACACCUUUGGCUCGGGUCUGAUCGGUGGCGGGUGCGGCCUCGGUAUUCCUUUUGGCGGUCUCUACUACUGCUAG